AUGCUUAUAGGCUUGGUAGUUUUGAAGGCAAGUAGACUUCCGAAAACAAUGAAAACUCUGAUCGUAGCCGCCUUGUUUUGCACCAUCGGUAUGGCGUUAGCCGACGAUACUCCCCCUCCACCACCAUUCUUGGCCGGUGCACCACAAGACGUCGUGAAGGCUUUCUUCGAGUUGUUGAAAAAAGACGAGACAAAAACCGAUCCUGAAAUCGAGAAGGACCUCGAUGCAUGGGUAGACACUCUUGGCGGUGAUUACAAGGCGAAGUUCGAAACGUUCAAGAAAGAAAUGAAAGCAAAAGAGGCUGAAAUGGCGAAGGCUCAUGAGGAAGCAGUCGCUAAGAUGACUCCGGAAGCCAAGAAGGCUGAUGCUGAGCUGAGCAAAAUUGCAGAAGAUGACAGCCUGAAUGGCAUCCAGAAGGCUAAGAAGAUCCAGGCAAUCUACAAAAGUGAGUCUUUCAAAUGCAACUGUAACGAAGUUUUCUUUUCAGUCACAUUUUUCAGUUCCCCAUUCCAGUUUACCUUAUUCGCUAAUUAGCCAGAUAUAGCUAAAGCUGAGACACAAACACUGUAUUGUUUAAUUACGAGUCGUACAAGUGCAGACCAAAGUUGAGACUAAAGGUCUCUGAUGUUGGAAACGUUUCCA